AUGUCGUCAGAUCUUGUACAGUCGGCCGUCAGUGGUGGGGAAAGCUACAUCUCACCCACUACAAACCUUCAACCUGACUCUCCAGAAUAUGAGAAGGUUGAGGCUAUGAUGGGCAGAAUCAUGGACUUCAUGUGUCAACAGUUCCGCAACAUGAAUGAUCGCCUUUCUGAGCUCAAAAUCGAGGUCGGCGAGAUCAGCGGCUCUAAAACGAUGUUAGCUCUUGAUCGAAUCAAUGAGCGCUUGAGCCAUUUCGAUGAUAUCAAUGCACGCUUCAACGAGGCCGGCAUGCUUGAUCACGGCAAGAUCAGGGCCCUUGAUGUCUUCAACGGGCGCCUCUUCAGCAUUGAAGAGGACAUCAAAUGCCUCAAACACGCCAUCCAAGGCGCCGCCGACGACUCUGACGACUCCAUCAAGCGCUACCUCGGCAAGGUCGAUGAUCGUCUUAGCAAUCUGGAAAGCAACCUGCACCGCCUGGAGGACAGGAUGUUUGCCAACCUUGAUGGUGCGAUUGAUGACGAAACGGGCUUCAUUACGGUCGUGAUGGACGCCCUUGACUUCCAAAAGCUGGACGCGAUGAACCCGACUGAGAUAGCCCAGAAGCUUCGCGAAAAGGGUUCAGGCUGGAAGAUUGAAAGUAUCAAGCUCAAGGCUCCCAAGACCGCCGACCAGCAACACCAAGUCAUCAUCAAUUUCUUGACUAGGGAGUCAGAGGCGUACAUGCGGCAGCACAUUUCAGAGAUGAGUGAGCUCUUCGGUCUUGAGCACGGUGUCUAUUGCCUUUCGCCGGUCUAUACCAUGCACGUCGAGCAUCUGGUGCCACACUUGUCCAAAGGAGGCAUGGGACACAAAGAAUUGGAAGAAGCUCUUCUCAAAGCCCUGGAUGUAAAAGGCAUCAAAGCGAAGGUAACAUACGAACGCAUGCUACUCAAGACCCAGGACUUCGAUCUUGUCAGUCGGCUUUGCUUCACAGGCGUGACCCUACUUGGUCAUUACUACGAGAUUGUACCAUUUUGCGUUCAGGGCACCCCGCUCUUCUGCUACAGGUGCUGGAAGACAGGUCAUUUCAAGGAUGACUGCACCGUCAGUGUCAUGCUGUGCGGGCGGUGUUCUGGUGCCCAUGAUACAAGGGGCUGCAAGGCGGCUUCUCGCUGCUGCAACUGCAACGGCCCUCAUGUCACCUGGUCACUGGAGUGCACAAUCAGUUUAUCCAGGGAGGAGCACCGCGCGUCGGCUUGGUAUCGACAGCUCGUCCCUCACUGGGCUAAGCAUUUGCCCAAGACCGGAAAGCCUAUUCUUCCAACGGUUACCAAAACUAAGCCGGCGAAGGCAAAGGCGAAUCCCGCUGAAAGCUCGCCUACUAAGUCUGGUGAACAAAGCGGCGCAUCUUCUUCCAAGGCGGCCGAGAAACGACCGGUUGGUAGGCCGAAAGCGCUGCCAUCCAAGGAGCCUGGGCAACAGACGCUUGGUCACUUCUUGAAGACUGGGGUGAUCGGAUCAUCUCCUGCCGCCUCCACGGAACCUUCUUCGUCUCCAGACGCAGACAUGACCGGUACGGAUACUGUCCCUCUCCCGCCAAGCGAGGGGACAGGAGUUCAAAGCCCCGACACUCAGUCUUCGACAGCCGAUGCUAGUAGCUCUUCUGUCAGUGACGUUGACAACUCUCUUACGGCCAUGGAGAUGGACACAGACACAAACACCACAUCAUCUUCGACGCCGAGUGCUAGUCAGUCUUCUGGCAGUGAUGGUGAUAGUGGCGCUGCAGAUAUGGAUAUUGAUACAGUUAGCACAGCAGACAACGGGCCGGUCGAAGCCGAGACACCCGGGUCCGAGCCAUCAAAGCCCAGCAGCAGUACAAAGGCCAAGAGCGAUCCGAAAGGGGGCAAACAAGGAAGCAACAACAGCAACAAGAACAGUAAUAAGAACGGCAACAAGAAUAGCAAGAAUAGCAAGAAUACUAAUAAGAACAACAACAAGGACAAGAAUAACAGCACCGCCAAGCAAACGACAACCCAGACAAGUACACCAUCUUUGGUACCCGAUCCUUCUCAACAAGAAACCGGUAAUCAGCCAGGCGGUGCAAGCGAAAAUAGAAAGAGGUUUUCCUGGAAGGAGUUCAAGGCAUUGAAGAAGGCAAGGAAACAGGCGAAUAAAUCUGCUUCAGUCAACAAUACCCCUGCUCCUGUCAGCGACGCACCUGUUACCGACGUUCCUGCUACCGACGCUCCUGUCGUUAGUUCUACCACGCCUCUGGAUUCUGGUAUCAUUUCGACACCCAUACCUCCAGCAGGUGCUACGUCUGCACCAGCUACGCCUUUGCCUGCUGUGUCUGUACCCGCUGUGUCUGUACCUGAUGCGUCAGUUCCUGCUACAUCUGCGCCACCUCCUCUUCCGCCUAUACCUACUGCUAGCACUCCUUCUAAUAGCGUUCCAACCGCUAGUCUACCCUCUACUAUCAACGGCCCUUCUACCCCUAUGUUUCCUACUUUCAGCAACUUGUUGCCACCGCCUCCCGUUGUUGGUAUCGCCCAACCUUCGGGCUUCAACUUCGAAGAGAUUUCACAGCCGGUGUCUCCCUCCGGCAAGCCGGCAAGGGCCGCAGUUGCUAGUGAGGAGGCGGCCGCUGCAGUCGCAUCACUUCCAGCUCUUGCCCCACUUCCUGCCGCUGUCCCCAGUUCAUCUCCUCCGUCGUCUACACCUCCCGGCUCCAUGGGUCAGCUCUUUCAGCUUCUCCAGCAGAACUUCGGAGAUGCUCGUACAAUGGAGGCUCCCAAGCACCUCCUUUCCGUCCCUGCAGCAUCUUCUACUGCGACGUCUAAUGAAUCGCUCGCUGGUGGCUCUGGAGCUCUUCCGGGACCUUCGUCUAGCCCCGACGAUCCCCCCCGCGCCCCUCAUACUGGGCGCAAGUCUCUAGUAAUCGACUGGACUAGCGACGAAGAUGCAAAACCAUCUUCUCGUCGGCCCAGGUCGAGCGCUGUUCCGCCGCCCAGUUCAGCCGCAUCAUCUUCGACCAAUUCAACGACUACCGAACCUCAUAUCCGUACCGUCAGACUCGCCCAGUCGUCUGAUCAAGCUCGCUCAGCAAAGAGGGCUCGUCGCACAUCCGGCGACCUCACUUUUGUUUCCAACGCUGCCGAAAUCAACGACCGCUUCGUGAACAUCCAACCAGCUCUCGACCGUCUCAGCGAGAUCUUCAUGAGAGGCAAUGCGGUUAUCAUUACUGAGGAUAGAAUCUCCGCCCGGAAGACGAUGAAGAGCGCUCUGAUACUCUCAUGA